AAAAAUCAACAACAUGGCGACUUUCCUUCCCACAAACCCUCGCGCCCUUCCUUUCCUACUUGGGCCCGGCAGAAUGGCUCCCGCAAAGAAGGGUGGCGAGAAGAAGAAGGGCCGUUCUGCCAUCAACAAGGUGGUGACCCGAGAAUACACCAUCAACAUUCACAAGCGCAUCCAUGGAGUGGGUUUCAAGAAGCAUGCUCCUCGGGCACUCAAAGAAAUUCGGAAGUUUGCCAUGAAGGAAAUGGGGACACCAGAUGUGCGCAUUGACACCAGGCUCAAUAAAGCCGUCUGGGCCAAGGGAAUAAGGAACGUUCCAUAUCGCAUCCGAGUACGCUUGUCCAGAAAACGUAAUGAGGAUGAGGAUUCCCCAAACAAGCUCUACACGCUGGUAACUUACGUGCCUGUUACCACAUUCAAAAAUCUACAGACGGUCAAUGUGGAUGAGAACUAACCUGCUCAUGUCAAAUAAAGUUGCAGAACUGCC